AUGCGACUCCAUCACCUCCCCCUUCUCGCGCUCGUCCUAGGAGCAACAGCGAAGCACAAUCCAGCGCCUAUCCUCCCCGAUUCCCUCUCCAACGAGCUCCUCUACCUGCACCGACACCUCGUCGAAAUCUCAUCGAUCACCGGGUCCGAAUUGAAAGUCGAACACUGGCUCUCCUCGUAUCUCGAAAGACAAGACUUCUCUGUCGAACUGCAGGAAGUAUCCAAGGACCGUUACAAUAUCUAUGCGUACAGCGGGGAGAAGCGCGCAACCCCAGUCCUCGUCUCCUCGCACAUCGACACCGUACCACCGUUCUGGCCGUACUACCACAACAAAACUACAGAUGUAAUAGGGGGAAGAGGGUCUGUAGACGCCAAGGGGAGUGUAGCCGCGCAAAUUGUAGCCGUGCAGAGCUUACCGCAGAACAUACGCGAGAACGUUGCGCUUCUGUACGUUGUGGGUGAAGAGACGGGCGGAGAUGGCAUGCGCGCUUUCUCGUCAUGGGAUGAGCGACCAGAGCCAGCUCACAAAGCCGUCGUUUUCGGCGAGCCCACCGAGGGCAAGUUGGUGUGUGGGCAUAAGGGUAUACUUGGUUUGACUAUCCACGUUCAGGGCAAGGCGGCGCAUUCGGGAUAUCCGUGGCUUGGGCUAUCGGCCAACGAUAUUCUUUCCGAGGCUUUGAGUGAAUUGCUGAAACUGAGGGAUGGUGGCCUGCCAUCUUCCAAGCAUUACGGAAACACGACCGUCAAUUUUGGGAAGAUUGAGGGCGGUGUGGCGGCGAACGUGGUGGCUGAAACAGCGUCUGCUAAGCUUGCUGUUCGCCUCGGGGGUGGUACCCCAAAGGAGGUCUAUGAUCUCAUUGUAAAAUCCCUGGCUAAUGUAAAGGCCGCUGCACAGGAGGCUGGCGGUGAUCUGACGAUCGAGCGGGAAAGCGAGGGCUACCCACCUGUCAACAUCGAUUGUGACGUUGAAGGGUUCAAGCGUAUGACAGUGAACUACGGGACUGAUGUUCCCUUGCUGAGUGGAGACCAUAAAAGAUAUCUCUACGGGCCGGGGACUAUCUUUGUCGCGCACUCAGAUCACGAAGCACUUGAAAAGAAAGAGUUAGAGCAAGCAGUGCGGGAUUACAGAACUCUGAUCGUUGCGGCUGUCCGAGACACUGCUAAAGCGCAGGAGGUGGAAGAGCUGUAGAAGAACCAAAGUCAAAAAAAAUAGUUCGCAAUACUGUACAUAACGCAAACGAUGAAUACCAACAGCGAUGACUCCUGACAUCGUCUGUCUUCCCAUAUCCCGACUUUCGCUGCAAUUCC